AUGUCCUACAGCAAGCAGCCCUCCGAGUACCAGACUCGGAAGAUUGGUGCUCUCCACACAAACGAAUACAGAUGCUACAUCGAAAAGGAUGGCGUUCCUGUCUCGCCGUUCCAUGACAUCCCGCUCUAUGCCAACGAGCAGCAGACGGUUCUGAACAUGGUCGUUGAGAUUCCCAGGUGGACAAAUGCAAAGCUUGAGAUCUCCAAAGAGGAAUUCCUGAACCCCAUCAAACAAGAUGUCAAGAAAGGCAAACUUCGAUUUGUGCGCAACUGCUUUCCUCACAAAGGCUAUCUAUGGAACUAUGGAGCCUUCCCAAGAACCUGGGAGGACCCAAAUGUUGUCCAUCCUGAGACCAAGGCAAAGGGCGACAAUGACCCGCUGGAUGUCUGUGAGAUCGGUGAACUUGUUGGCUACACUGGACAAGUCAAGCAAGUGAAAGUCCUUGGUGUUAUGGCAUUGCUAGAUGAGGAAGAGACAGAUUGGAAGAUCAUUGUCAUUGAUAUCCACGAUCCUCUUGCUCCCAAGUUGAACGACAUUGAAGAUGUUGAGCGUCAUCUGCCUGGCCUUCUCCGCGCUACCAACGAGUGGUUCCGUAUCUACAAGAUCCCAGACGGAAAGCCCGAGAACCAAUUUGCAUUCAGUGGCGAGUGCAAGAACAAGAAGUAUGCCGAGGAGAUCAUCCGCGAAUGCAGUGAUGCUUGGGAACGUUUGAUCACUGGCAAGCAGCAACGUGGUGACAUCAGCCUCGCAAAUGUCACAAACACCAGCUCCCCAGACCGCGUCGACCAGUCUCAGCUCUCAAAGAUUCCUCCUGGCCAGAACCUCCCUCCUGCGCCGAUCGAUGGAAGUGUUGACAAGUGGUUCUUCAUCUCUGGUGCGGCCGUCUAA